UCAAACAAAGCUGUCAGUGUCGUCUGCGAGAGGUAGCAAUUAAACACAUUCGCAUAUCGUCGGUACUCGAGAGUUUAGUCAAUUGUACAAGCGAAAUGCGUUCAGUUCGAGUGUAAUUCGGUGUUAAAUUAUCAAGAAAGAUGGAGCGACGGUAGUCAUCGCGGAGUUUAAAUCGAAAUUAGGGCACCAAACAUACAGGAAAAUGACGGACAGAGAUCGGUAAAGCAGAGCCCCACACAAACACAUGCGCAGAGCUGUUUGACCCAUGAAACAGAACGAGGACCAGCACAGUUAUUGCUGAUUUGCGUGUGUUUACAGAUAGAAAGUUUUUUCUAGGGUUUGUUUUGAGCCCCCGUUUCAAACAAGUUGCCAGCCGCAAUAAACGGAACCAUGAAUCCAUCAUUUCCAUCGCACCACCAUCAGUCACACUUGUACAAUCUGCUUCCGCCGCAGCUGCAGCAGCACCAUCAUCAGCAAAUUCCGGGACCUCCUCCUCCGCCGCUGCAGCAGAUGGUACCGAUGCCGGUGGACCAUAACAAUUCAGCCAACUCGGCGGCCAAUACGAGCGGAAGUAGCACCGGAAGCAACAGCAGUCACAACGGUAGCUCCAGCACCCUGACCAAGGCCCAGCGCCGGAUGUUGGGCGAAAGCGAGGAAGCUCGCCAAAAGCGACUGGCCAAAAACGCCGAAAGCAAUCGACGGCGAAGACAGAACGAAACCGAGGAGGAGCGUGCCUUGCGUCGAAUGCGAAACGCCAUGCGCCAACGGCUGCGGAGGGCCAUGGAAACACCAGAGCAAACGGCCAUCCGGAAGGCACGACUCGCCCAGCGAAUGCGCGAAAUCCGAGCAAGUGAAUCUCCCGACGAACGAGCGGAACGGAACCGACGGCGGGCCGAGUACGCUCGAAUGUUCCGAAGCGCCAAGCAAAAGAUGAAGGCGGAAGCAAAGAGUGCUUCCGCUCAGGCGACGAACCAAGUCACAAUCAAACAGGAACCAGUUGCAAACUUGGGACAGCAGCAGCAGCAACCGCAACAACACAACAGUCAGGCUCAACAGCCCCAGCAGCAGCAGCAGCACAACCAACAGCCGGAAUCGGCGCGAGAUCAAAACUAUCCUCCCGCUCCGGCUGCCCCCGCGGCCAAGGCCCAUCCCAUCUAUCCGAUCAACUAUUCCGACUUUGGGGCGGCCUUCCCGUCCUUUUUCGGCCACCCACAUCUCAAAAAUGGCCAACAGGCCGGCUACAACGCCGUGUAUCCGCCCCAGCCCUACUAUCCGGACCUGACGGCGCACCCGCACCCGGCCCAGAACCAUCCCGCGGCGGGGGCGACGUCGUCCGGAUCGACGUCGAAAGGCGCUUCGCAAAAGAUCUGAUCUGGUUAUCAUUUUAGGUGUAUGACUCUCAAUAAACAAGCUUUAUAAGGAAAUUCGCGGAAGGAG